GUGAAAUAAUCUCGUUACACCCUGGACAUCAACUGCUGAUCCUUUGCUUUUUCACUCCGUAUUUUAUUUUAGUGAUCCUGCUAUGGCCCAACAACUAAGUGAAGCUUCUGGCAAUGUGGAAGUUCUGGAGGCCAGUGAGGAGGGAAAGAAGAAAUCCAAAUUUAAAGCCUUCAAAAGCUUUUUUGGCAAGAAGAAGAAAAAAGAGCCCGAAGAUGCCCAGGGAGAGAGCAGGAUACAAAUAAGUUUGUCCAGUGGCAAUGUUACUGUCUCUUCGCUGAACCCAGUUCCAGCCGGUCAACUACCUGAGAUCAGGCCCAAGAGCCAUAUGGGGAUGAAAGCUGUAUCCCAUGACAGUAUCUUCAUGUUGGAGCCUGGACGUGAAAGAUCAGCGAGUAAAAUGAGCUCCUCUCCAGAGCUUGAGAGAGGCAGAACUCUUCAGGUAAUAGUGGGCUCAAGUUAUCAGUGCCUAACUGGACUAUACUCUUCAUCCACUCCCUACUCCUACCCCAGCAAAAGAAGGAGAGAAGAACUUGGCCCUGCUUCUCAGCUGCUUGUACUUCUUAGGGCUGUUGCUUAUGUAUACAUAUAUAAUCUGCUUACCUAUUAUGCUCAACCAUUAAGGUGCAGGCGUCCCAACCCCCAAAUUGUUUUCCGUCUUCCACAGAGAAUUCUGCCUAGAAGUGUGCUUAGUGAUGUGUCUGGAGCUUUGCACCAAUAUGUGCCCAGAAGUGGAAUCUGGGUUGCGGGCUCCAAGAUCACUGAGAUCCUACCACUUCGGCCUCGACAACCCAGCAUCAGCCCACCUCUUAUCCGAACUGACACAAUCUCUAUGGACUUUGAAGAAAUCUCUGUGGAUGAUGGGUUACCUAUCAGAUCACAAAAGAAGUCUUCAUCCCAUAAAACCUUGACAGUGGGGAAGAGCUCCUCUGAGAUAUCAUCUGGACUCAUUCGCUUACCCUCCUUGACCACGCUUGCCUCUUCCAGCAGCACCCAGCUGUCCAUUGGUUUCAGCACUCCAGCCACUACCCAGGGCUGUUUGGAUUCUUCAGCUGCACGACACAAGAUGGCUUUAAACCCGCGGAAACAAAGGAUCAAGAAGGAACUUCAAGUGACUGUGAAACCAAAGCAGGAGGAGCCAAGCCUUCCACUGGCUUCUGAAGAAGAGAAGAGUACAACCGAAAUAAAAGAACCUGACCAAAAGAAGCCGAAAAAAGACAGUGCAGGUACCUCAAGCCAGGAACAAAGCAACGAGACUGAGAUUUAUGCUAAGAAUGCAACAGAUCAGAAGAAGGCUUCAAACACUGACGCAGCUGAGAGUCAGGGCUACCCAGUGUCAGCAGCACAUGGAGGGAAAGGAUCAAGUACUUCAGGCACGAGUGAGUGUGGAUCCAAAGGAAGAAGACUUAAAAAAUCCAGUCAAGCCCAUGGCCUGGGAGAUCGAGCUGAGUCCCCAUCUGCUGAGAAGACUGCCAAGGAUUGCCCUCUCAGGUACCUGCCCUUGGAGAAGCAAGUUAUGGAGCAGCCCACAACUCCAGAAUCAGAAACAGCUACCCCUCAGGAGUUGCUAAAUGCCAGCAUAGAUGGCAAAGCCAGAAAAGCGUCAGCACCACAACGCAUACCUGAAGAUGGGAGAGAGUCCAUGGUUAGUGGUCCACCACCGAACAAUGAAGAUAGGGCUUCGGGAGCUGAGAAAACAGAAGCCGAAGCUUCUCUUUCGCCUGCAGUGGAAAGCCCUUCUACAACCCAAGAAGAUGGCACCCCUUCAGUGAGAGUGGAGGCUCAGGCCCUUAUGGAUCCUUCUCAAAUCCAGUCAGAAGGGGAAGCAUCUCCCAGCCUUGAUUCACAAAAUGCCCAAUGUAAAAUGGAGUCAGCUCAGGAUACCCCAACUAUCUGCAAAGAAAAGCAUCCUGCAAACAUGCUCCAGGCCUUCACAGCAAGCACUGCAGGUACAGCAAGUGCUAGGGCAGAGAGAAGCAUUUCUGCAGAGAGGCUGCCUCCCAGAAGCCUUUCUCAGGCUUUGGAAAGGCCUGAAGACUGUCAACAAGUCUCAGAUUCAGAGAGUACUUCAGAAGAGGAGAGUGAUUCAGAGGACCAGCUGGCUCCUGGACACUCUUUCCAGACCUUAGGGAAGCUUGAAAAUGAACAAGAAGUCUCCUCAGAAUCAGAAAGUUUAGUUGUGGGAUUGAGCAGUUCUGGGCAGCAAAUGGCUCUCAGACCCUUGUCACAGGCUUUGGGGGAGCCUGAAAAUGAAGAAGUCUCCAGAGGAUCAAAUAGUUAUGUUGAAAAGUACAAUAGUGCUAAGGAUUGGAGUAGCUCUGAGGGAGACCCGCAUCCCAGACACCCUUCCCAGGCCUUGGGAAAGCCUGAAGACCAACAAGAAGUCUCCUCAGUUCCAGAGAACACUCCUGAGGAAUGGAGUGUUUCUGCGGAGAAGCUGCCACCCAAAUGCCCUUCUCAGCCCUUUAUGAGGCCUACUGGUGAGCAACAAGACCCCUCAGGUUCAAUGAGUACUUCUACAGAAUGGAGUGGUUCUGUGGAGCCAAUAAUUUCUAUGGAGCUGCUGCCUCCCAGACGCACUAUUCAGCCAUGGAUGAGCCCUAAAGUCGAGCAACAAGUCUCUUCAUUUCCAGAAAGCACGGUUGUUGAAGGGAGCAUUUCUACGAAGCAGCUGCCUCCUAAACUUUUUUCCCAGUCUUUGAUGAACGUUAAAGUUGAGCAAAAAGUGUUCUCAGUUUCAGAGGGUGUUGCUGCAGAGAGGAUCAUGUCUGUGCAGCCACCACUUCCCAGAUAUUCUUCCCAGUCCUUGAAAAACCCUGAAGUCCAGCAAAUCUUCUCAGGGAGCACUGCUGUUGAGGAGGGAAGUUUUGAGGCGCUUCUGCCUCCUGGGUCCCCUUUACAGCCCUGGAUGAAGCCUAAAUUUCAGCCACAGAUCGUUACUCUAGAUUCAAAGAGUGCUUCUGCAGAGUGGAAAGGUUCUGUGGAGCCACUCCUUCCCAGACACCCUUUCCAGUCAUGGAUGAGGCCUCAGUUCAAGCAACAAGUCUCUGCAGGUUCAAAGAGUGCUGCUUUUCAGGGGAGCAUGUCUAUGGAGUUGCUGCCUUGCAGACAUCAUUAUGAGACACUGAUGAAGCCAAUAGUUGAGCAAGAAGUCUCCUCGGUUUCCAUGAGUGCUUCUGUAGAAAGGAGCAGUUCGGUGAAGUCAAUGUCUCCCAGACGCCCUUUCCAGCCACGGGCAAACCCUAAAUCUGAGCAACAAGUCUCAACAGGUCCAGAGAGCACUGCUGUUGAGGGGGGCAUUUCUGAGGAGGAGUUGCCUUCCAGACAUCCUUCUCGGUCCAUUGUAAGACAUAGAGUCCAGGAAAUUACCUCCAGUUUUGAGAGUGCUGCUAUUGAGGGGGGCAUUUCUGGGAAGCCACUGCCUCCCAAAUAUCCUAUCCAGCUCUUAACGAAGUCUAAAGUCCAGGAAAUGUCCUCACGUCUAGAGAAUGCUGAUGCUGAAAAAGGCAUUUCGAAGAAAUCGCCGCUUCCUAGGCAUCCUCCCCAGUCAUUUGUGAAGUUUAUGGCACAGCAUAUUUUUUCAGGUUCAGAGAGCCCUGCUGUUGAGGGGAGCAUUACUGUGGAUCCUCUGCCUCCAGAUCAUUCUUCCAAAUCUUUGUCGAGCCCUAAAGUCAAGCACCAAGUUUUUUCAGCUUCUGAGAGUGCUAACAUUGAGGAAGGCAUUGCUGUGAAGCCGAUGGCUACAAAGCACCCUUUACAGUCUUUGGAGAAGCCUGAAGACCAACAAGAAGUUUCCUCAGGUUCAGAGAAUACUCCAGAGAAGUGGAGCAGCUCUAAAAAGCAACAGUUUCCCAAACACCUUUCCCAGGCCUUGGAGAAGCCUGAGCACCAGCAAGAAAUGUCAGUUUCCAAGAGCUUUCCUGAGGAGGGGAGGAGCUCUAAAGAGCAGCUGCCAUCCAGAUGCCCUUUCCAGGCCACAGAUUCCAAACCACAGAUUUCCUCAACAGGCUCAGUGAGUGUACCUGUAGGGUGCAGCAGUCCUGAAAAGCAGCUACCUUCCAGACAGUCUUUCCAGGCUUCUAAAGACCCUGUCAAGGGAACCAGUUUCGAGAGCGAUCCUGGCAGUGGGUCCCUACCAAAAGCCCAAGUUUCUCCAGACAGAAGCAAGAGACGCAUCCAAGGAUCCGAAGACCUCACUAAGUCCCUUGCUACCAAACCUGUAAAAGUCACCACUGCUUCUGCCCUAAAAACAUCCAUUUCUGUGGGUCUUCACUCUAAGAAAGAAGUUCUUGAGAGUGGUGAUCAGAAUGAUAACAAGCUUUCAAGUUCACCUGCCAGUGGGGCUGAUGUUAAAAGCAUUUUUGGCGUGAGACUAAGAAAAACCCCUUCCUCGCAGAAGUACAAGAGUGAGAAACAAGGUGACUUUACCAAGCGUCCUAUAAGCCUCUUGGGCCCAACUUCAUCAACCAAAGGGAGAGAACAAGUCAGAAAAACCACUUCCCAGGGGCGCCUGGGCACCUCAGAGAACCUCACCAGAACAUCUGACUUGGCAAAGAAACAACAGAUGGAGCCCAAAUCUGAAGGCGUGACCAAGAAGCAACCUGCUUACAAGAUUCCAGGUGAGACUUUAGCUUACCUGAAAGCAAGUAGGUACCAAGUGGAGCAAAGAACUGGAAAUCAAAACCUUGCCUGCCUUGCUGCAAUUCUAACUCCUUUCAUUCCUUUUUCAGAAAAGGCUCCUGGUCGACAGCCAGAUGAUGCCACCUCAGAGCCAGCUUGGAUAACCAUGGUAAAGCAGAGGCAGAAGACUUCCCAGGCCCAAGUUCCUGUGAAAGAACUUAACACCAAGAAAGGAGAUGGAGCCAAGGCUAAGACUAAGGAGCCUCGAUAUGGGGGCGCUAACCCUGCGAAUGAAGAUCAACAAAAGAUUUCUGUUUCCAGUGUCUAUAGACAGGAGAAGAUGGCACAAGCAAAGCUACCUAAGUCUACCAAAGCAGGUAAAACCUCAGGCUCCCUACCCCCCCCCAAAAAAUCCUGGCAGGUUGUUGUGAAACUGGCAAUUUUAAGCUCAGUUCAAGGUCAGAAGAUGGUUCAAGUGCCUGCCAAGGAAAAAGAAACCAGAAGAUCUGCAGCUCUCCCGGCCGCUCUCCCGGCCCCAGUUGAGCAGGUUGAGCCAGUUUGGUUCUCCCUGGCCAAGAAAAAAGCCAAAGCAUGGAGCCAUAUAGCAGAAAUCAUGCAGUAA